AUGCACCGUUGGUCUCUCCGCCAGUCCGGCUCGGCUGUCGGCAGCAGCGUCGAGUUCUCGCUCUCGGAUCUCAAGCCUCGAUUUGUCUGCCACUGGCUAGCGUACCGACCUCGCGCUCUACACUACGUGUUUGUGGAGAAGCUCGUUGACUGUCUGCUGCUGAUCGAUCGUGUACCCAUAGUCUUUAUUGAACCCGAGACACAUGCCGAGGAAGUUCUCGACACUGCCGAUGUACUUGAGUUCCAGACUUUGCAUGUCCGCUCCGAAGUCAUCGAGAAUCUGAUCAGCCGUCGAGGCACCGAGCAGGCUAUCAACGUAGGUCCCGACGAUCACCGCGCCACUUUUGUUCGUCGUGUAGUAGACGCACGUGUCCGUCAUCGAUUGCACAAAAUCGAUGCCGGUUUGCGUCCUGUGUACAAGCUAGUUCCAUAA